AUGGUUCUCUUCAAGAGAAAGCCGGUACAAUAUGUAUCAACGCCGGAUAUUGAGAAUGAAAAUACAGAGGUCUGGUUGAUUCCCGCUACUGGCGAGUAUUUUUUGGAUUAUGAGCAAUACUUGGCUCGGAUGGAUUUCUAUAAACAGCGUCGAUUCAUUUGCCAAAUCUCAGGUCAUUCUGGUUUGUCAUUUUUUGAGGCACUCAAGAGUGAGUUGGCAGGCGCGCAAGAAGUCGAAGAGGCAUUCCCCAACUCGUUGAAGAUGCCAAUUCUUAGACGUGUACAAUUUCAAACCAUUUCUCGAAUCGAUACCCUCGUGGACCUUAUUUACGACGAGUUCAGAUCCGAUUACUAUCCCGGCGAGGUUGUCACGGUUCAUGUAGUCACAGGCGACCGACUCACUGGUACUGUCAGAGAAAAGACGCACUUCGUAAGCAAAGUUCUGCCGGAUGGCUCACUAAGCCCACCCUUCUCGAGGUACUUUGUUAGUCUGGAUGGUCGACCACACGAAGAAGCGGUGGUGGACGACAAUCAUAUUACCCGUGACCGGAAGAUAUUCACAAAGCAAGUUCUGCGAUCUUUUAUCAAGAAAACUGUUACCAGAGAAGCAUGGACCGGUGCGCCUUGGUUGGUGAAGAACGAUGUGGCCGCCAUUUAUGGCAUCGAAUCUAAAGUUCCGCCACAUUUAAGAUAUGAGAGUAAAGCUGCGGAAAGAAAACAAAAUCAAUCUCAAAAGAAGACUGGAGGAAGCGAUUUUGAUGGUAUGGUUGGUAGCUUCCAUGGAGGAAAUGGUCCACAAGCUAGACUCCCGGAGUUGAAGCCAGCACCCAAGAGCCAUAAGAGCAAGCAGCAACAGACUCAACUGGCAAGAAGUAAGCAGCAGCCAUCUUUAGACCCUGCUCCUAUGAAUUUUAUUCCUACACAUUUCCCUCCCCCUCCCUAUCCCCAUCCCCAAUUUCAACCUUCUCCUCAAAACCCAUUUAUUCCUUAUCCUCAAGCUCCUCCCUUCAUUUCUCACACCUUUCAAGCCAAUGGGCCACCACAACAAGUGGGACCUCACUUCCAAAACUUUCACAACUCUUCCUUUGCAUUUGCGCCUCUUGCAUCCCUUCCGCCGGCUCCUCCUCCACUACCCCCUAUCAAAUACCCAAUUGAGGAUUUGGAAGUGGCUCCCAGAGUUGAUGGACCGAAACGACCCGACAUCAAAUAUUUUUCGCAAGAUAACCCAAUGGUCUUAAGAAGACCAAACGUCGAGGGUAAUGGCAUUCACAUGUCAUCUAUUGGUCAAUUGCUGGAGACAUGGGACACUUUGAAUGUCUAUUGUCAGAUCUUCAAGUUGGAUUCAUUUACUUUUGACGAUUUCGUCGAAGCGUUACAAUUUACAUCUGAAGAUGUAGAUUGCGAGUUAUUCGUUGAGAUUCAUUGCGCUGUUCUGAAAAUUCUGGUAAAUUCGGAAGCCGAUGAUGGAAAGCUUCAAGUUCAGCUGCCGGAAAUGGAAGAAUCAGAUGACGAAGAAGACUCUAUCAUUGAGGUUAGCGUCAUGCCAACACUUACACCAGAGCCAGAGCCACAACCUAAAGGACGCGCCACUAGAAGUAGUCUGGCAAAAGCCGAGGCGGAAGCUUUGCAAAAGGCAGCUGAACAGCCUCUUGAGGAACCAGCCGGACCGACAUGUACUCAUCGCGCUGCCGAGAUGGAAGAUAGCAUCGAAUGGAUUGAGAAAUUAAGAAAGCGUGACUUCAAGAAUGGUGGCUGGGAAGCUAUCAUGGUAGGCCUACUACAUCAACUUUCGAAAGACGAGAGGUAUUUUGCCCAUUGUGAAGCACUCCUUGUUCAACUCGCCCCUCUCGACAUGGAGCCAACCCAGGAAACUGCCCAUCUACAGUAUGCGAAACUUGACGUCAACCUUCGCAUCAAAAUUCUCCAAAUUAUUUGCAUGCUUACAGCGGAAACAAAAGCAAUUCGUGGUUACAUGGAAGAGAGUAGUGAGCACAUGACGAUGCUUCGAAAGGAAAAGAUCCAGUUUCAGCGUACCAAAAAGGAUGCUCACGAUGCUGUCAAGAAACUUAACGAAACUCGCAAAGCACUUGAACCACCACCUGAGCCAAGUUCAGCACCGGCUGCGGAGAAGGUUGCAGAAAAAGAAGCUUCAGCUAGUGUCAAUGGAGAUGUGACUAUGCACGACGUCGAGGAAGAGGUCCAGGACUCUCAUGGCGACGAAAUUAUGGACUCGGAUGAAGAUGCCCCUCCAACCCGAUCAUUACGUCGUGGACUUGAUCGAGCAGCAGAGCGAAAGCGCAAACGUGAAGCUGAACAGGAGAAGAAAGCAAAAGCAGAGGCCGAACCUAAAUUCCCCAAGCAGUCGAAGGCACUCACAAAGGUUCUUAAAGACAUUCAAAAAUUGCAAGACAAGAUCAAGGAGUGUGAGGAGGAAAUUGCCAUUCUCGAUAAUGAUCUUCGAGAAGCUGAUUGCCCUCGUACGCGUGUACUUGGUAAGGAUCGAUUCUGGAAUCGUUAUUAUUGGUUUGAGCGCAAUGGUAUGCCAUAUGGUGGUCUUCCUAGUAGCUCUACGGCUGAUGCUGAAUAUGCCAAUGGCUGCAUAUGGGUCCAAGGACCAGACGACCUUGAGCGUGAAGGUUAUAUUGAAAUGCGACCGGAGUGGCAAGAUGAAUAUCGAUUUAAGUUCAACAUGACCGUACCAGAAAGAAAGGUUAUGGAAGAAGGAAAUACCCACGUAUUCAAUGCUCAUCAAUGGGGUUAUUUUGAUGAGCCUGAAUCAGUUGAGGGUUUAAUCAACUGGCUCGAUGCCCGUGGUAAUAAUGAAUUGAAGCUUCGAAAAGAACUCCAACUCUACAAGGACAAAAUCACUACUCAUAUGGAAAAGCGCAAGGAAUACCUCAACCCCAGCGACGAAAAGAGUGUUGAUUCCAGUCAUAAACGAAUGUCGACUCGUGGAAAACAACAACCUCAUGUGGAUCAUACAGCUCAUCGAUGCUUAUCUUGGCGGAAUAAUACGGCGAUCAACGAAUUGGGUCAUUUGCAUUCUGAUCAACCACGGAAUCGCAAGCAGGCUAAAAAGGGGGCACCGAUUCUACCACCGGCAGUUGAGGAAGAGAGACAAACUAGGAGUGAGGCUGCGAAGAAACAGAGGAAACGGUAA